UCUCGCAUCCUCCACAGAUGGCCGCCAAAUGAGUGUACGCUGUACGUUGUAGGUCCCUCUUACCCUAUUAGGCUUUGAUCUUCCGACUCCCUUUCGGAGCCAUCCUCGAAAUUACAUCGAAGAGAAGGAAUUCGGACACUUCCUCGGAACAAGCAACACCACACAGCUUCAUCGCGUGCUUGGACUAAGCUGCGAAUAUGACACCUCCCCCUCCCGCGGGUCACCAUUGGGCCCCCUGGCCCCAACAGCAGCAUCCCGGGUACAGCAUGAUGGUCGGCUUGACUUAUUCCCAUUACGACUCUCGAGCUGUCACCUCGGCCCCGAUUAUUCCCUCCGCAAUGGCCCCUCAUUACCUAGCGACGGCGGCGUAUGAGAUACCGCCUAUGAAGCCGGCGCACUUCACGCCUCCUCACCAGUACUCAUACCCUCCCUACGAACUUCCUGCUCUAUCAGCAGCCCCUCCUUGCCGCACCAUCGUCGACCCAUCGCAGGAUCGCCACAGCUUAGGCCUCCAAGCAGCGCCUGAGCAACCGCCUCAGGAACCCCGGCAAUAUAGCCCUUCUUCCCGAAAAGAGCCCCUCCCCCCGCCCACAGUGCCGCAUCCCAUGCACACCAAGGACAUCGUGUACAACAAGCCGAUCAAGACCGAAGGCGUGGAUUUCUCGACACCAGUUGACGUCAUGAUGAAGGCUCUGCAAAAGACAAAUGCCAGAGACACCAUUGCGGUCGCCAUCCCUUCGCCCAGCUCGGAGAGCUCCAGCGUGAAGGCCGAGCCGAUAUCGCUACCCUACAGCGAUCCGAAAAUCAACAACACGAGGACGGGGCCGGAGAAACCCAAGAGGUUCCACUGUCCUUUCGAUGGGUGUAACAAGAGCUUCACCCAGAGCACACACUUAGAGACGCACAAGCGAGCGCAUACGGGAGAGAAGCCCUAUCUUUGCUCGUGGCCUGGCUGCGAACGGCGCUUCUCCCAACCCGGGAAUCUCAAGACACAUUAUCGUUUGCACACAGGCGAGCGCCCUUUCCAGUGCGAAAGGUGUGAUUCUCGCUUCGCGCAACGCGGAAAUCUGAGGGCGCACAUGUCCACGCACAGCAAUGAAAAGCCCUUCUUGUGCAAGCUUGAAGACUGCACGAAGACUUUCACCACCCGGGGGAACCUCAAGAACCAUCAGAACAAGUACCACAAGGAAACGAUUUCGCGGCUGAUAGACUGGAUCGCCUCCGUCGAGGACCACAGCAGCCUCUCGGAAGACGAACGUGAGUUGCUGUGGUACUUCUCCAACAUCUACAAGAACAGCAACAAGGGCAUCAAGGGCCGGGGACGGGGUAGAAGGGUCAGCAAAGUCCGCAUGGGCAAGGGCAGAAUGGCCGCCGCCAUUGAAAUGCACAAGUCUAACGCCCUUUGCUCGUCUCUGACGCGUCUGGGGUUCGCUUGAAAGUGGCUCACGUCAGCGGACGUCGAAUCAGCCCCCUCUCUAUGUUGCAUCUUCGUUUUCCUUCAUAACGAAAUCAUGUGUUUUAG